AUGACCUCUCAUUGUAAAAUAUAUAAAGCUCCUAGUAAUUAUUCAGUGAAACAACAUGCUAUCGGUUAUAAGAUGAUUAUUGAUUCUGCCAAUCAAGAUCUUGUUCAUCAUCUACUGAUAUAUGAAUGUGAUCCAACAGCUCAAUUUGAUGAUAAUAACUUGCCUGACGAUUUGUGUAAUGAAAUUUAUCUACAAACAGCACCGUGUGCAUAUAAUGGUGCCAUUAUUUGGGAUGUCGGUGGUAAUGAUAUAGUUGCAUUUCCAGAAGAAGCUGGCUAUCCAAUUGGAGGUGAUUUUCUCAUCAAAUAUUAUAUGGUUCAAAUACACUAUAAUAAUCCCAAUCAACUUUCGAAUCGUACGGACAGUUCAGGUAUUCGCUUUUAUAUCGGUAAAGAACUUCGUCAACAUGAUCUUGGCUAUUUGACUUUGGGCACUACUUCAACGCCGCAUGCUCUGGCCAUUCCACCUAAAAUGGAGCGAUUUAUCAUUGAUUCAUACUGUCCGGCGACUGCUACGAUGGGUGAUGAACUCACUACAAGAUGUAUCUACAAUACUAUAAACAAGAAUACGAUCACUUUGGGUGGUGAAAGAGCCGAAGAUGAAAUGUGUCGUCAUGUAAUGAAAUACUAUCCUCGAAUGAAUAAUAUGUAUGAUUGUUUGAUGAUGAAUAGUCCACAAAUAUGGAACUCAAUGAUGAACACUUCUUCAUCGUCUUUCAAUGAUUCUAAAUUAAUGGAAUGGCUUCUUAAUCUGACAUGGACAUCAGAGCAAGCUGUUCAAUGGCAAGAAUUCUACAACAUCGCAUCUCGUGUACUCUUAUAUGGUGCAUCAUCAAAUCUUCAGUUCAAAUUUAUGUCCGGCUUACCCAAAUAUCAAGAUUUAAAGCCGGUUGCAUGCACAAAAGAUCAAACCAUUAAUCAAACUACUUCUAGCCAAACAGCAACGAUGAAUGAAUCUAUAUCAUAUACUUCACGAAUUCGUCAAAACAUAAUGAUUAUACUAAUAGUAAUAACUUUUAUCCCCGUCAUAUAUAUAUUCAUUUGUUCAAUUCGAAAGCCGACGUUUAGUCGAUUCACUAGAUUUUAUCAAGAUGAUGACGACAACUGAGUUUUUUGUACACUACAUAUAUAUAUAUAUAUAUAUACGAACCAUAUGAUAAGUCAUUAUAUGUUUAAUAUUUCUGCUAAUUAUCAGAACAAUCUAAUGUAAUCAAUUACACUAGAUUGUCUUCCCCAGCAUGUCUAAUUUAUAAUACUUUCUCUUCAAUUUGGAUUUUUGUGUUCUCAGUUCUUCGUGAUGAAUUAUAAGAGGCAUGUAUGAAAUAGUCUUAUUAAGUUCAAAUUGUGUUGCCACAAUGUGUAGUGAUUCAUGUACACAUAAUUGGUGCUAAUUAGGAGGGUGCGUGUGUUGGCAUGAGUCUACCUUUCGUCUAAAUCGACAGCCAUAACCACAGCCACACCCUACCUCAUUCACAUCUUCAUUUUUCUCCUCUCACUCU